AUGGCGGAAAAAGAACAAUUCGAUGAAUUUUUGGGUGGAUCGCAACAAUUACCAAAUGAAGUUCAUAUUAUGAAACUUGUUUCUGCGAGAGCUAGCGAAAUUGCUGCAAUGACGUAUUCUAUAGAUAAUCCUCAACAAACAAAACUUGUAUUUCAAAAACUGCCUGUAUACAUGCGCAGGCGCGUUAUGUCCCAUAAUGUCAAGCGUUUACCGCGUAGAUUACAGGAGGCACAUUUAAAUCAAAUGACCAAAUCCGGUUUUCCGCCAAAAAUUAAAAGACCAUCACGUAAAUAUCGAAGGCGACCACGAAAUUUACUCGCAGAAUAUAAACGAAGGCAAAAAAGUAAAAUUUGGUUAGAAACGCAUAUUUGGCAUGCGAAACGUUUUCAUAUGAUAGACAAAUGGGGUUACAGAAUCGCAAGUUAUGCGAACGAUAAAUGUUUCAAAGCCAAUUAUCGUGCAGUAGCAAAACACUGCUUAAUGCAAGAUAUUUCAUAUUAUAGAUGUGUCGAAAUAAAUGGCCCUGAAGAUAUUUUGAAAGAAUCUUUGAAAAGUCACUGCAAUCCAUUUGAAUUAACAUUUGCCGCGAAAAUUUUUACAUCAGGUACCCGAGAAGGGACUAUCAUGUUUUUUAAAAAAAAUGGUUAUCCUAAGUACCCAAUUGGUUACGUAAAUUUUUUAUGGAGGCCAAAUCAAUCUAUUGUAAAAACCAUAUGGAUUUGGGUGCAUCCAUCGUUUCUCGAUGAUUUUAUCACGGAAAUAAUUUCUAGUUUUGAAUUUAAAUUGAGCGAUGAUCAUUCUAUUUCUACGAAUAAUCAAGAUUCAGAAUCUUUUUUUUAUAUUAAUGAAAAACGUUGUAAGAUGAAUAUUCAUAGGAAUACUUUCAAUCGGUUUCGUUUUUAUGGACCAUUAACAAUAAAUGUUUUAACAAAUGUUCUUCAUUUACCAAAUUUUGAUGAAAUAUUUCGAUUGAAAUUAGAUACAAUGCAAUUAGAUGAUAAUCAAAUGGAUUGUGAGGAAGAUCGGAAUUCUGAUAUGUCAUGGCAUAUUGAAUAUUAUGAUAAUCAAGAAAAUCUUGAAUCUUUGAAAAAACAGAAACAAUUAUGGCAAGUAUUAAAAACAUUACAGUCACCUAGUCAGUUGCCACCAAAUAUUGUUCUUGGCUUCACGGUAUUGGAUCCAAGAUUUUAUUUACCUGAUAAAAGAACCAAGCCUCAAGAAGGAACUGAAACAACUGAGAUAAUGUCAGUACCUCCUGUAAAUGCAAAUUUUAGCCCAAUUUGGGAACAAAAGAUAAGACAGAAAGUCAGUAAAAUAUGUGUAACAACAAGUGCAAUUAAUAAACUAAGAAGUCAAUGCUUAGUACCUGGAUUAAACAAUGAUAAAUAUUUUAAUGAAAAAAUCAUAGCAAAGGUACCUAUAUUAUUAAUUCAGAAACCUGGAAUUGGUAAUACAGGUCUAAGUUCUGGAAUAGAUAUUAUUCUUCCAUCCAACUGGGCAUUGCCAUUUUGGCUUGCUUGUAUAUUUCGUUGCGUAAGAGUUGGUGUACUCAGAGAAUCAAAAUCCAUAGCAUUUGAAUAUGAAAAUAUGCAAUCACCUGAUAUCAAUGACCCAGAUACACCUGCUUAUGCAAGAGAAGCAUUAAACACUAAAUUAGAAUUAAGAGAAAAAUAUUUUCGUUAUCCACCAAAUAGGCGCGUGAAUUUCAUUAAACUCGGAAUUCGUAGUCCCUUUUUUUGUGAAUGGGAAAUCUUAAUGAAAGAAUGGGCAGCUACAGAAGAGUUUUUUGUAUUACGAAAUCGUAAACUAUCAAAAUUGUUGCGAGAAAGCUUAGUUCAAGAAGUUAAUAAAAGAAAAUAUAAUACACCAAGCAAUCGUGUACCAAGUCUUACUGUGCAAAAUGCAUUUGAGAACAGAAAUUGUUUAAUUCGCAUUAAAGUGUCCAUUAUAAAAAAGGGCUGCCCUAAAAGAUUUGCAAUAAUAUGUAUACCAAGUGAUGAAGAUAUAGAAAAAUUUAAAAAUAAUAAAAACUGGUCCGGUCCUGUAGAGAAAUUAAAUGUUGACCCGAACGAAAUUAUUCGAAAAAUAUCGCGUAAGAACCAUUUAGCUUUUUUAAAACGAUUAAAAAGACAAAGAAUACGCCACAAAAAAGCACUAAGUAAUAAAUUAAGCAAGGUGUUAAACAAAGAACUUGAAAUCUUUAAUUAUGAUAACAAAUCCAAAAAUUUACUAAAACGAAGUCGUGAAGCCGUAUACAAGCAAUCGCAAAAAAUGUCACAAUUGUGUCUUCCACAUUGUGCUAAUAUACGGAAUUCUUGUGAUAGAGAAAUUAUGGGUUAUGUAACACUGGGUGAUUUUUCGUUUACAAAAGGAAAGGGUAUAGGUUUCGGAUACGUAACAUUGAAUUCAUUAUUAGAAUUGAUUAAUAAAAAACACACCUUUGUUCUUGUUAGAAAUAUUCAGACAAGACAAUAUAGAAUUGCUACAUUAGAAGUAGUAACUUAG